AUGGAGAGCAGCCAAUGCGUCGGGCAGGCGCUCGUGGGUCUUCGUCCGCUCCGUCACAUGCUCGACGUCGAGGCGACGGUGCCCAUCUUUGCCGACGACGGCGCGGCGCUGGGGCGGCUCGCGGUGCGGCUCCGACCGAGCACGACGCCAAGUGUGGUGACGGACAAUCGCGGCGUGACGGCCAAGCGUGUGCCCGACGACGUCGACGAUCUCUCGGACAACGAAGUCGAGAGCCUGGAGGCACUUGCUGGCACGUUCAUUUGGUUGUCGCUGGCUACGCACCUCGUCGUCGACAAGCCGCCGACGCAACUCGUGCUCAAGCAGCAGCAGUAUUGCCUCGAGUACGCCUUUGGCCAAGCGAACGCGCAGACAACGUCCAUGGCCCAUGAACAGACGAUCAAGGUCCUCGUCAACCACGAGCUCGUGCAGUACGUCAGUACGGACGUCCUGGCCUUUUCGGUGCGUCUCGCGUCGCGCGAUCCAAGCAAGGCGCUCAUGGAGCAACUGGGGCGCGAGCAUGCGACGAUGCUGGAGGAGGCAGAAAAGGAGCGCCGGCGCAACGACGCGCUCCUGGCCGAGCUCACCAACCUCGUGGGUCAAGUCAAGUCUCACGAGGACGAGCUGCGCAAGCAGGCCGAGAAGAGCCAAGCAGCGUCAAGCGAGCUCGCGAAAGCGCAAGAGAAGGCGCGGGCAGAUGUUCGCGAGCGCGAGGCGCUGCAGCGCCAGCUCCAAGAAGCCGACGCCAAGUGGCAAGUGCUCGCGACCACCGCCGAGAACGCCAAAUCCAAAGUCUGCUGUAUGCAGUAG